AUUUUAUUUGCCACUUGCAAAUAUUGAAAUAUAAUAAUUAGCUAAGCUUUUCAGAAAAAGUAACAGAAAUAUAGUUCUUUUGAGGACAGUUUAUCAGCAUAAUAGUUCUUAAAUAGUUUCUAUUUCUCAAACCUCUCAAAGAACCACCGAGGUUCGCGAACAUGUGGAUGCGUACUUACUGCUAGAAGUGCAGACGAUACAUUAACUAUCAAACCAUUUGUCUUACAGUAUUCGCUCACAGGUGGAAAGGUUUAUUUAAAAAAAUGCAUAGACUGGAUUUAGAAGAUCGAAGAACACUGGCAACGAAAGGUUGUCUUUCAAGUUUUUUAGACGCUGUAACGGUCUGGAUCAAUAAGCCUCACGUUGUCAACAGGCGACUUUGUGGAGCAAAAAUAUUGUCCAUAAUUCCUGCAGAUUCAGUGGAUUCUGUCUUCAGAUUCCUGAGCAAUAAAGGGGCAUCGUGGGAAACGGUAGAUAAAAGUCAAGAAUGUGACAGUCACUAUGUUCUUGAGGCUGAUUUUAAAGCAACCUGUGAUCCGUUCAUACUAGUGCUGAGGGAGAUGGUACCAAAACAAUCAGAUGUGUUCCCCACCCUAACUGAGAUUGUUGUAUAUGAUUCAUCAGCCAACAGCUUUACAUUCUGCCCUCUUCAUUACAAAAAAGGGAGCACUCAUGCGGAUAUAGAAGUCUCUGCAGAACUAACCUACAGACUUGCAUACACAGAUGGAAACAAUAAAAGUAUAACAGUCAGCAGUAAAAUGGUAUCCAGCGAAAAUGCAAGUGAUUCAAGUCAUUCACAAAUGACAGUUCAAUGGCUUUGUGACACCUUGUUACCAAAGAUAGCAUCAUGGACAUCAGAAGAACACCUGAAUACUAGGAUCACCUCUCUGAAGCUUGUGGGUGUUGAUCGCUACAGUCUAAAGUAUGCUGACCUCAAGAAGAAGUAUGGUCCACACCUAGUCCAGAACUGGAGUGAAACUACUGACCCACAGAAGUUUGUGUAUGAAGAUAUUGCUAUUGCCACAUAUUACUAACAGGAACUUCUAUGGGAAGAGGAACGGGACAGAUCAGACACCAGCAGAUGGCAAACAUUUGUGGAUCUAGGUUGUGGAAAUGGACUUCUAGUCUACAUUCUUACAAGAGAAGGGCACAAAGGAGUUGGCAUUGAUCUUCGUCGUAGAAUCUGGGACAUGUAUGAGACUGAUGUUCAGCUACAGGAACGGCCCAUCACUCCAUCAGCAGAAAACCUGUUUCCUGAAUAUGACUGGAUCAUUGGUAACCAUAGUGAUGAAUUAACACCAUGGAUACCAGUGAUUGCAGCAAGAUCUUCCUACACCUGUAGUUACUUCGUUUUACCUUGCUGCCACCAUGACUUCAAUCGGCGCUUCAACCAAAAGAAAAAGGGGGAAUCGCAGUACCGAACUUACCUGACAUUUGUGACUCAGGUUGGGCAGGUGUGUGGCUUUCAGGUUGAAGAGGACGUGCUUCGCAUUCCAUCCACCAAACGGGUCUGUCAGAUUGGACGACAUCGUACAUACAGCAAAGAGGAAGAACAUAUAAUAGACAAACAGAUUCAAGCAUUUAUCAAUGAUCGCUGCUUCCUGAAAACAGACAAGAUGGACCAAUCAGUUGUGGUGUCAAAUCUUUCUUUGACAGAAAAUAACCACAUUGCCACAGGGGAUGCAGAUUCCCAGGAUCUUAAGCGUUCUCAUUAUAGUGUGUCCAGUGAUAAUAAAAACUGCCCCGAAUAUGGUAAACAACAUGGGGUCCACCAUCACCAAGACAACUUACUUAGUUGUGGUGGAUGCAUUCACACUAGUCAGACUUCCGCAAUGACAGUAGGAGAUGGCGGCAGAAAAGAUGGCCCAAGGCACUGGGCAGAAGGGUUCUCUACUCGCAGCAACGAAGAGCCAGUGCGUAACUGCCAGCAGGUGCUGCAGACAACUAAAGACAGAGUAGUGCACAUGGUGUUUAAGGCUGUGAUGGCUGCAGACAAUGCCCAGGCUGCUGUCUCUCACACAGGAGACUUGUGGAGAAAGGGUGGGAGCAUCCCCUUAAGUUCUGUGGUAGAGAUGCUGGACAGAUCUACUUUGGAGGAACUUAAGUCACAGUGUGGAGGAGUGCAAACACUUUUAAGAAACCAUAGUCACAUUUUCCAAGUGUCAGGAGGAAAGGUUCAGCUUAGAGACUUUUCUGUGAGCAAUCCCUGGGCACAUAAGCCUGCUGCUAAAGCACCUAAGAAGGACGCUUCAUUAUGCUACAAGACUACUCUUUGUUGGUUCCAUGGUAACCACCCUGAUGGAUGUCCACGGCAGGCAGAAAAGUGUAACUUUGCUCAUGGCUUUGAGGAACUGCGACCUCGAGUUGAACCCAAGUGACGAGAAGACUGGAAAUGUGUGCACCUGUAAAUCACUGGCAAGAUUCCGUCAACCUAUGGCUAAUUCCCACUGUGUGCAUAAAAAUUGAGACAAGUGGCAGACAAAAGAAGUGCUCUAACCAUCCUGAGAGCAAACUGCAGCUU